CGCUUUGUCAGGCCGGCGAGCACAUCAAUAAGCGGCAAAAAACACGAUUCAAUCGAAAUUUUAUUUCUCGCAUUUUGGCGUCGUGCGUGUGAGAGCCAACAAAAUAUUUGCAUGUAAAAGAAUUUUUCGCCAGCCGAGCAGAGCGCAAAAAGGAAGAGCCAUGUCCGGACGGGACUACAAUGGAGAGCCUGGCUGCCGCAGCCCGGAGGAGCUGCAUCAGAGCUUCCGGCAUUUCUGGGACCCCACCGCCUACUGGCAGUGCGAUGGAGUGGGAAAGGGGGCGGGGGAGCGGGAUCAUUCCGCCCAGCUGCACCACUGCCCCGCCAAUGAGCUGUUCUAUGACCGGGAGCGCAAGUGCGUGAAGUGGAAGGACUGGCAGUGGACCGAGCCGCAGGAUCCGCCCACAAAGCCGCACAAAUAAAACAGCGCACAUGUAUUGAAACAAAUUGUCGAAAAUAUAAUUAAAAAGCGCUUUCCGAUUUUAGCCCGGACGAGUGCUGGUUAA